UCCCUUUCUACCUUACCCGUUCCCCAUCCCCCCCUCCAUCGUUUCGGGGGGAACUCCCUUUGCCAAUCAUUUUCUAGGCUCGCCAUUCGGGGAGCAUGUUUGCGCUUGUAUCCUUUGCCUCAUUCAGAUCAUGAUCCCACUGAUUCUCCGCUGAUUUCUGUAUCUGUGAUACUAUCUACGCCGCACGGCUCCCGGGAGCUCCAUACCUCCCGCCAUGGGUAACGAUCAGAAGUUCGAAUACGAAUCCCUGCCGAUUCCUACCUACGAGGAGGCCAUCGGUGCCCGUCCUGGCUCUUCCCGGUCCCAUCUCGAUUCGUCCGACGAAGCAGGCGACAAUGCUGAACGACAAGGCCUUCUUCACCGGAGUGGUCCGGAUACCACUCCGCGGGCGGAGGCCCGACCUCGUGGCUAUCAGCCUCCCACCGUCGAGUCCGCCCGCAAUAGUAUCGAUGACCUCGACUCGACCGGCUCGAGAUCGGAACGAGGGUCCAUGGAAGAGUUGCAACGGGAACUCGACCAGAUGGACGUGGAAGAUGGCCCGCAAUCAUCCUCUCGCCGCUCACAGUUGCGGUCGCGAUUCUCGAAGCGCUUCAACAACUUGACUCGCUCCCUCUCUUCCUUCAACCUACCAUUUCGCCGCUUCCUCCCUACGUUUCGGUUCACGAUACGUCUCGACGAGGCUCGUGCAGGACUGAAGAACAAUGCGUGCAUGCUAUUACUACGUCUUUUCGGAGUGUUCCUGGUGGUCACCGUUGUUUACAUCUUCUUCAUAUCGGACAUCUUCAACAUGAAUACUCGAUUUAUCAUGGGACAGUCAUACAGUGCCGCGUCCGUGGAGAACUUUGUUCAGGGACAUAUCAACGAGACCAAUAUCGCCGAGAAUCUGAAAAAGCUGACCGCCUACCCUCAUAUGGCCGGUACGGAAGGUAGUUAUGUGCUUGCCGAAUGGGUGGAAUCGGAGUUCAAAAAGGCGGCGUUCGACGAGGUUGAAAUGGAGGAAUUCCAGGUAUACUUGAACUACCCUACUACCGACGGCAGACGGGUGGCUAUUGUGGACCCUCCUCAAUUGGCCUGGGAGGCAGCGCUGGAGGAGAAAGAAGAGCAAACGUUGGUUUUCCACGGACAUUCAAAAUCUGGGAACGUCACGGGUCACCUUGUCUAUGCCAAUUUCGGCUCUCGCGAGGAUUUCCACUACCUAGCAGAGCAAGGCAUCGACGUGAAUGGAUCCAUAGCGCUGGUCCGCUAUGGAGGCACGGAGUCUGAUCGUGCUCUCAAAGUCAAGGCCGCCGAACUUGCUGGCGCGGUAGGCUGCAUCAUUUAUUCGGAUCCGGCGCAGGAUGGCUUUGUCCAGGGUCCUGCCUACCCCGAGGGACGUUAUAUGCCGGCCGAUGGAACACAACGCGGGGCAGUCAGUCUGAUGUCGUGGGUCGUCGGAGAUGUCCUCUCGCCCGGGUUUGCCUCUACGCCAGAUGAAAAGAAGAGGCUCAAACCAGAGGAAAGCCCGGGACUGACGAGAAUUCCCAGCAUUCCGCUUGCCUGGCGCGACGCCCAGAGGCUUCUUCAAGUCCUGGAUGGCCAUGGUGCGCAAGUGCCAGAAAAGUGGGUUGGCGGCGUUCCGGAGGUGAAACAGUGGUGGACGGGAGCCAAGUCCUCGCCAACCGUCAAUCUUAUGAACCUCCAAGACGAGGUGGAAAGACAGCCCAUCUACAACGUGGUUGGCAGGAUUAUCGGCUUGGAACAACCGGAGAAGAAGAUCAUCAUUGGCAAUCACCGUGACUCAUGGUGUCUCGGAAGCGCCGACCCUGGCAGCGGUACCGCAGUGUUCCUGGAGCUGGUUCGAGUCUUCGGGGAACUUCUCACCUUCGGCUGGCGUCCUUUGCGCACUAUCGAAUUCAUCAGCUGGGAUGCCGAAGAAUACAACCUCGUCGGUUCGACAGAGCAUGUGGAGAAAGAAUUGAAGUCGCUCAAGGAGAACGCUUACGCCUACAUCAAUGUCGACGUGGGAGUUAGCGGUCACGAAUUCGAGGCCGCUGGGUGUCCCAUCUUUGAGCGGGUCGUCACGCAGAUUCUUGGCCGCAUCGCAGAUCCCAUCAGUAAUGAAACCCUGAAGGAUUUGUGGCAGAAGAACAAGAAGAGACUGGGUCCGCUGGGAGCCGGGAGCGAUUAUGUGGCUUUCCAGGAUAUCGCUGGAACCUCCAGCGUGGACUUUGGCUUCGCUGGCGAACCGUUCCCUUACCACAGCUGCUACGAGAAUUAUGACUGGAUGACGAAAUUUGUCGAUCCCGAGUUUCAGUACCACAAGAUCCUUGGUCAAUUUUGGGGUCUUCUGAUCCUUCAGAUCGCAGACAGCCCAAUCCUGCCCUAUGACCUCGAAGGCUAUGCGAAUCACGUGGGUGGUUAUGUCAGCGACUUGGAACAGUAUGCCAAGUCGAAGAGUGUUCCCAUCGCUGAAGCAGCAUCGGAGGCCACGGUCACCUUCAAGCCUCUAUAUGAGGCGGCCGUGAAGUUCAAGGCUGACGCGGAGCACUUCCAGCAGUGGGGUCAGAUCUGGCACGAUGCUGUUUGGGGCGCUGGCGGAUUUGAGAACAACGUGAUGGCUGUGCAGCGACUGUCGUAUAACGCGCGGAUGGCUCAUUUUGAGACUAAUCUUUUGGACGACCGACCAGAUGGCGGAGUACCGAACCGCACGCAAUUCAAGCACGUGAUCUUCGGGCCUGAAUUAUGGUCUGGCUACGAUCCGACCCUUUUCCCAGCCAUACGAGACAGUAUCGACGCGGGCAACUGGACUCUUACUCAGGAGUGGAUUGAUCGAGUCUCAGACAUCAUCUCCAGCGCGAGUAAUAGCCUUGUUCACGACUGAUACUUUGGGUCCACAUGUCGUCUAUAAUCAUUCCACUUUCUAUAGAAAAUACCCCUCCCCCUCUUGUUUUUCUGUCUGUCUCAGCUGCGGUGGCCACCAAGCAGCACCACAUCACACCUGUUAUAUACAUGCUCACCUUUCACACCACCAACUCCACUGCACAGUCUCCCUCUGUUUUUUGUUCUAUGUUCCAUUCUGUGUGUAUCAUUUGCGCCGCAUCUUGAGAGAAUCUGGCCUCACAAAUAACCCCCUCCCC